AUGGUCCGCCAGCUGAAGCAUCAUGAGCAGAAACUGCUCAAGAAGGUCGACUUUCUCAACUGGAAGCAGGAUGCCAAUCUGCGCGAGAUCAAGGUUAUGCGGAGGUACCACAUCCAGGACCGCGAAGACUACCACAAAUACAACAAACUUAGCGGAUCUCUGCGGUCCUUCGCCCACCGUCUCUCCCUCCUCCCCGCUCAGGACCCGUUCCGGUCCAAAAUGGAAGGCCAGCUGCUUUCCAAACUCUACGACAUGGGCGUCCUCAACACGAGCGCAAAACUCUCCGACGUCGAGAACAAACUCACCGUCGCCGCCUUUUGCCGCCGCCGCCUCGCCGUGGUGAUGUGCAUGUCGAAGAUGGCCGAGACCGUCAGCGCGGCGGUGAAGUUCAUCGAGCAAGGUCACGUCCGCGUUGGCCCCGACACAAUCACCGAUCCUGCUUACCUCGUCACCCGCCACAUGGAGGACUUCGUGACCUGGGUCGACACCUCCAAGCUCAAGCGUACCGUCAUGCGCUACAACGACGAGCUCGACGACUUCGACCUGCUGUAA